CACACACACACACACACACACAGAGGAGCUGGGACGCAGGAGCAUGUCGUCGCACCGGGCACUUGUUGUCCACCGUGCGCGGUUUGGGACCACGUCUGGGAGCAGAUCGAUGCGGUGCUUCACAUGGAUUUUACUCCUUCCCUUCCUUGUCCACUCCACGCAAGCUCAAGACGACGUGCCGCCGUACUUCAAGACGGAGCCCGUGCGCAGUCAGCUCCACCUGGAGCGCAACAGGCUGGUGCUAACCUGCAUGGCUGAGGGGAGCUGGCCACUGGAGUUCAAAUGGAUCCACAACAGCACGGAGCUAACCCGCUUCUCACUGGAGUACAGGUACCUCAUCCCGUCCCUGGACCGCUCCCACGCUGGCUUCUACCGCUGCAUCGUCAGGAACCGUGUCGGGGCUCUUCUACAGAGGCGCACAGAAGUGCAGGUGGCCUUUAUGGGCAGUUUUGAGGAAGGUGAACGCACCCAGGCGGUCUCUCAGGGGGAGGGCGCUGUCGUCACGGCGCCGCGGAUUCGCAGCUUCCCACAGCCACAAGUCACCUGGUUCAGAGAUGGCCGCAAGAUACCGCCCAGCAGCCGCAUUGCCAUUACUCUGGACAACACACUGGUGAUCCUGUCCACGGUGGCGCCAGAUGCCGGCCGCUACUACGUCCAAGCAGUAAACGACAAGAACGGAGAGAACAAGACCAGCCAGCCCAUCACCUUGACCGUAGAGAAUGUGGGUGGUCCAGCAGACCCCAUCGCUCCCACCAUCAUCAUCCCACCCAGGAACACAAGCGUGGUCACGGGCACCUCGGAGGUCACAAUGGAGUGUGUGGCCAACGCCAGACCCCUCAUCAAGCUGAGUAUCUCUUGGCGUAAGAACGGCGUGUUGGUGAUGAGCGGUUUGAGCGAUUUCAACCGCAGACUGACCAUCCUCAGUCCUGUGGUGAGCGACUCCGGCUACUUCGAGUGCGAGGCCAUUCUCCGCAGCAGCAGCGUGCCUUCGGUCAGUGCUGGGGCUUAUCUGCACAUUCUAGAGCCACCGCAGUUCAUAAAGGAGCCAGACAAGCACAUCACAGCCGAGAUGGAGAAGGUGGUGGAUAUUCCCUGUCAGGCUCGGGGAGUCCCCCAGCCCGACAUCGUGUGGUACAAGGACGCUCUGCCGAUCGACCCAGUGAAGACGCCCAGGUACAGGGUGCUGGUGGGAGGCAGCCUGCAGGUCAACGGCCUCCUGCCGGACGACACCGGGAUGUUCCAGUGCUUCGCCAGGAAUUCCGCCGGAGAGGUUCAGACCAACACGUACCUGGCUGUCACCAGCAUCGCUCCGAAUAUCACGGCUGGACCCGCCGACAGCACGGUGAUUGACGGCAUGUCAGUCAUCCUGCACUGCGAGACCUCUGGUGCUCCGAGGCCGGCUAUCACCUGGCAGAAAGGUGAGCGUGUGCUGGCCAGCGGUUCAGUGCAGCUGCCCAGGUUCACCCUGCUUGAGUCCGGCAGUCUACUCAUCUCCCCCUCACACAUCUCAGAUGCUGGGACGUACACCUGCAUGGCAAGCAACUCCAGGGGCAUCGACGAGGCAUCCGCUGACCUCGGGGUCUGGGCACGCACCCGGAUUACCACCCCCCCACAGGACCAGAGCGUUAUCAAAGGAACUAAAGCCGUCUUGACUUGCGGAGUCACACAUGACCCCAGCGUAACCGUCAGGCAUGUCUGGGAUAAAGAUGGCAGCGUUAUCAACGUCCAGUCCAUCCCCCGCAUGCGGAUGGAUGCAGAUGGCACCCUCCACAUCUCCCAGACCUGGUCCGGUGACAUCGGCACAUACACCUGCAGAGUGACCUCUGUUGGCGGCAACGAUUCCCGUAGUGCACACCUCCGUGUUAGGCAGCUGCCCCAUGCCCCAGAGAACCCCACAGCUCUGCUGAGCACAUCGGAGAAAAGAGCUAUUGACCUGGCCUGGGCCAAGCCUUUCGACGGCAACAGUCCACUCAUACGCUACAUCCUGGAGGUUUCGGAGAAUAAUGCUCCCUGGGCCAUCCUGCUGGCUAAUAUUGAGCCAGAGUCCUCAGCGGUGACGGUCAAUGGCCUGAUUCCGGCACGCUCCUAUCAGUUUCGCCUCUGUGCCGUUAAUGAUGUGGGGAAGGGCCAGUUUAGCAAGGAAACAGAGCGUGUCACUCUCCCAGAGGAGCCCCCCAGUGCUCCUCCGCAGAACGUCAUCGCGAGUGGCCGUACGAACCAGUCCAUCAUGAUCCAGUGGCAGCCUCCACCAGAAAGCCACCAGAACGGCAUCCUUAGAGGCUACAUUGUCCGGUACCGUCUCACUGGGUUGCCCGUGGACUACCAAAUCAAAAACAUCACCAGCCCAGAUGUGACCAACCUGCUGCUGGAGGAUCUCAUUAUCUGGACCAACUAUGAGAUCGAGGUGGCUGCCUUCAACGGCGCAGGUUUGGGCACUUUCAGCCACAAGGUCACCGAGUGGACGCUGCAGGGAGUGCCCACCAUCGCCCCCGGCAACGUGCAAGCCGAGUCAGUCAACUCGACAACUAUCCGCUUUACAUGGACGGCCCCUAACCCUCAGUUCAUCAACGGCAUCAACCAGGGCUACAAGUUGCUGGCAUGGGAGCCUGGUAAAGACGAGCAAGUUGCUAUGGUAACAGUGAGACCGAACUUUCAGGACAGCGUACACGUGGGAUAUGUGACAGGUCUGAAGAAGUUCACUCAGUAUCACACUUCGGUGCUGUGUUUCACUACGCCCGGAGACGGCCCCCGCAGCCCGCCCAAAGCUUUGAGGACACACGAGGACACUCCCGGUGCCGUGGGUCACCUGAGUUUCACCGACAUCCUGGACACUUCGCUCAAAGUCAGCUGGAGCGAGCCGGGCGAGAAGAACGGGAUUCUCACAGGUUACCGCAUCUCGUGGGAGGAGUACAACCGAACAAACACCAGAGUCACCCACUACCUGCCCAAUGUCACCUUAGAGUACCGGGUCACUGGGCUCACCGCUCUCACCACCUACACCAUUGAAGUGGCAGGUAUGACCUCCAAGGGUCAGGGCCUGCUGUCAUCGUCCACCAUCUCGUCCGGUGUUCCACCAGAGCUUCCUGGCCCUCCAACCAACAUGGCAAUUUCCAACAUUGGCCCACGCUCCGUGACACUGCAGUUCAAACCUGGCUAUGAUGGAAAGACCUCCAUUUCCCGUUGGCAGGUGGAAGCUCAGGUGGGUCUGGUGGGAGAAAAUGAGGACUGGGUGAUGGUCCAUCAGGUUUCCAAUGAACCCGAGGCUCGCUCCUUAGAGGUGCCGGGGCUGAACCCAUACACCUUCUACAGGUUCCGAAUGCGUCAGGUAAACAUAGUGGGAACCAGCCUCCCCAGCCAGCCUUCUAGAAGGAUCCAGACCCUCCCGGCACCCCCUGACAUGGCACCCGCCAACGCCACCCUGCGCACCGCAAGCGAGACCAGCCUCUGGCUGCGAUGGAUGCCGCUGCCUGAAUGGGAAUACAACGGUAAUGCGGAGCAGGUGGGCUACAGAGUUCAGUAUUCCCGUGUAGGCUCACAGGGCCGGCCGCUGAUCCACGUCAUCGCCGACCGCCUCGAGAGAGAGUUUACGAUUGAGGACCUGGAGGAGUGGACGGAGUAUGAGGUCAGGGUGCAGGCUAUCAACGGUAUCGGGACCGGACCAUGGAGCCAGCCGGUCAGAGGCAGGACCAGGGAGUCUGUCCCCUCCUGUGGACCCACCAACGUCUCUGCUUUUGCGACUACCUCGAGCUGCAUCCUGGUGCGCUGGUUUGAAGUCCCCGAGCCAGACAGAAAUGGUCUGAUCCUGGGCUACAAGGUGGUGUACAAAGAGAAGGACUCCGACAGCGCGGUCCACUUCUGGACCGUGGACGGGAACGCCACCCACAGCGUGCAGCUAACUGGUCUCGGGAAAUACGUGCUCUACGAGAUCCAGGUGCUGGCCUUCACGCGGAUUGGAGACGGUCGGCCCAGUUCUCCGCCCAUCCUGGAGAGGACUCUGGAUGAUGUGCCAGGACCUCCAGUGGGUAUCUUGUUUCCUGAAGUGCGGACCACAUCAGUCCGGCUCAUUUGGCAGUCGCCCUCGCAGCCCAACGGCAUCAUACUCGCCUACCAGAUCACGUACCACCUCAACUCCACCAACAGCAACGCGGCCACGGUGGACGUGCUGAGCCCGAGCGCGCGUCAGUACACGGUGACCAACCUCAAGCCGGAGUCCAUCUAUGUGUUCCGCAUCACGGCGCAGACGAGGAAGGGCUGGGGCGAGGCCGCGGAGGCGCUGGUGGUCACCACGGAGAAAAGAGUGCGUCCCCAGCCCACUAGCCGACCAGUGGUUCCGCAGAAAGACGUCCAGGCCCGCCAGGUGUUGUUGUCAUGGGAGCCCGGCAGCGACGGCCUGUCCCCUGUGCGUUACUACACAGUUCAGCUCAGGGAGCUUCCUGUCAACAACUGGACGGUCCACUCCGCCUCUGUCAACCAUGAAGCCUCCUCCUACAUAGUAUCCAGGCUGAAGCCCUUUACAUCGUACCAGUUCAGAGUAAAAGCCACCAAUGACAUAGGAGACAGCGAGUACAGCGAGGAGAGCGAGGCCAUCACGACCCUACAGGAUGCGCCCGACCAAGCGCCCACAAUCCUCUCUGUCACGCCGCACACGACGACGUCGGUGAUGCUCCGCUGGCAGCCCCCCUCCGAGGAGAAGGUCAACGGAAUCUUACUGGGCUUUCGGAUUCGAUAUCGUGAGCUGCUGUACGACCGUCUGCGCAGCUACUCCGCUCAUACCAUCAACAGCAUGUCCACCUGGGCUGAUCUCACUGCACCCUACAGUAUCCGUAAUCUGAGUGACUCAACUCUGGCCCAGUAUGAGUUGGACAAGCUGAGUAAACACAAGCGCUAUGAGAUACGCAUGAGUGUGUACAACGCUGUAGGCGAGGGGCCCAACAGCCCACCACAGGAGGUGUUUGUGGGAGAAGCAGUGCCUACAGCACCACCCCAGAAUGUGGCCAUUCAGACUGCAACGGCCACCCAGCUGGACGUGACGUGGGACCCCCCACCCGUGGAUGCACAGAAUGGAGACAUUCAGGGCUACAAGGUUUACUUCUGGGAGUUUCAGCGUAAGAAUGAGACGGAGCGGCUGCGGACUCUGUUCAUGCCUGAAGGAGGGGUGAAGCUGAAGAACUUGACUGGUUACACCACCUACAUGAUCAGCGUGGCCCCGUUCAACGCUGCAGGGGACGGCCCUCGCAGCCCGCCCACCAGGGGGCGCACUCAGCAAGCGGCUCCCAGUAUUCCCAGCUUCAUUCACUUUAGCGAGCUGACCACCACCUCGGUAAAUGUGUCCUGGGGCGAGCCGACCUUCCCUAAUGGCAUCAUUGAGGGCUACCGUCUCAUCUAUGAGCCUUACACACCGGUAGAAGACUCUUCAGUGGCCUGUGCCGACUGUCUUCACUCCCCCUCCCCCCCAGGCGUCAGUAAGACAGUGACGGUGGAUGUGAAGGGAACUGGACCUUUGUGGCUGAAGCUCAGAGACCUGGCUGACGGCGUCACGUACAACUUUCGCAUCCGAGCGAAGACUUUCAUCUACGGGCCUGAAGUGGAAGCAAAUAUCACCACUGGCCCCGGAGAAGGAGCCCCUGGGCCGCCUGGAGAGCCUUUUAUCACGCGCCACGGUUCAGGCCUGACCAUCCACUGGACCAGUGGAGACCCAGGACGUGCUCCCAUCUCACGCUACGUCAUCGAAGCCAGACCUUCAGAUGAGGGACUGUGGGAUAUCUUAAUUAAAGACAUCCCCAAGGAAGCGACGCUACACACCUUCAACAUGGACAUGCUAAAGCAAGGGGUCAGUUAUGAUUUCCGAGUAAUUGGAGUGAACGACUAUGGCUAUGGCUCUCCAAGUCUUCCCUCCCCCUCUAUAUCUGCCCAAAAAGUGGCACCUUUCUACGAGGAGUGGUGGUUCCUGGUUGUGGUGGCACUGGUGGGGCUCAUCUUCAUCCUGCUGCUGGUUUUCAUCCUCAUUAUCAGGGGACAGAGCAAAAAGUAUGCCAAGAAGUCUGAAUCAGUGACUUUGUAUGUUUGUCCAGGCAACAACUCCAACUGUAACGCUCUGACGCACGGAGACAUGGUCAGCCUGGACGAGGGACGCUUCCCCGCUCUGGAACUCAACAACCGACGGCUGUCUGUGAAAAACUCUUUCUGCCGGAAGAACGGAGUCUACACCAGGUCUCCCCCCAGGCCCAGUCCAGGCAGUCUUCACUAUUCUGAUGAAGAUGUCAGCACAAAGUACAACGACCUGAUCCCUGCAGAGAGCAGCAGCCUCACUGAGAAACCCUCCGAGAUAUCAGACUCACAGGAGGCGCUGGUGUUUUCAUAUGGGACAGGUGGCCUACAUACACUUCCACUGCAUUUGGGCAGUGACAGCGAGUACGAGGUGGACCCCAACCGACAGAAGACCCACUCCUUUGUCAACCACUACAUAAGUGACCCCACCUACUACAACUCCUGGCGCCGUCAACAGAAAGGCAUAUCCCGAGCACAGGCCUACAGCUACACAGAGUCUGAGUCAGGCGACCCGGAUCACUGCGCCCCACCGCCACUGCCUCCUCUACCUCCACUUCCACCACAACUCAGUUCACCUAGUCCCCAACCGCAGCAGGCCCAGGGACAGCCCCAGGUCCAGCCCCAGGUCCAGCCCCAGGUCCAACCCCAGGUCCAGCCCCAGGUCCAGCCCCAGGGCCAAGGCAGCCUGUUUAGGCCCAAAGGUAGCCGGACUCCCACCCCCUCCCAGCAGAGCUCCAACCCCCCAAGUCAGCACAGCACCCUCUACAGGCCACCAAGCAGUCUAGCUCCAGGAUCACGGGCCCCCAUUGCUGGCUUCUCAUCGUUUGUGUAAAAAAAAAAGAAGAAAAAAGCUGAAAAAGACAUUGAAAUUUCUGGAAAUAUCUACCCAACUCGCAUAACUUGCAGUCAACGCAAUCCAGUCAUUUAUGUCUUUUUUCCCCCCCAUUACUUUUAUUUUUUUUCCACGUUAUUUUCUUAUUCAGCUUGGAUACAAUGCGGAACAACACUAUGAUACUUUGAGUUUUAGGAGCACUUUUUGUCUGAUGAGUUGGAGUGUGCCAGUGUGAACCUAAAUUCUUUUUACCAGUUGAGAAAAUACGCUCUUUUCACUUUUUUAACCAUUCGCAUGACUUUUUUUUUACAUUUAGUUCCUCCUUUUUUUUUUUUUUUUUACUUUUCUUGGAAUACAUUCAAAUGGUAAUUUCUUUGAUUCUGUACAAAGUCACAGGCUUUUUUUUUGAAAACACACAUGAAUAUACAUAAAUAUAUAUAUAUAUAUAUAUAGUAGAUGUACCUACGAGACAAAAUCAUAUCGAUGCAGAUUCUGCAUUGAGACUAACAUGAUGGAGCCAUGUUGUGGAAGGGAAAGGAGAGUGUUGGAUGACCUGGUGGUAAAAAAAGAAGAAGAAAAGAAUGGAGAAACAAAGGACGGACGUGGAUGUGGAUUUUAUGCCAAAAUCAAACAAGUUUUAUUGUGUUGGCUGGAAGAGUUUUAUGCGCACUAUGGAGAUUCUGUCGUGUUUCCAUGGAAACAGCUCCCUGGCCUUUAGCACACAAACACUGAGUUGGACAACGUUUGCCCGCAGCUGGUCAAAAGUGACCUUGCUGUGCCCAAAGGGUCCAUAUGAAAUGAGUGUAUAUCUGUUGAAGUGGUUUACUCUUUUAAGUCUUCUUUUGUGAGUGUAUUACAGUGAAUCAAAGAUGCCUUGAUAGAGAAAUACUUAUUUAUAUCGGGCACCACUGACAAACUGAACUGCUUAUGGUGCUCUUGACUGUGGCAUCGAAAUGGCUGGCCUCGCUCUGUGGGAGCCAUCUUUUAAUCCUUACAGAUGUGGGCUGUGAAUUAAUUUGCAUACAAAACCCAUGCUUUCUUUCAUGCUUUGCUGGCUCACACAUCAGUCUCAUAAUGCACACGUCUACUGAAAAUGCUUUGAGGAACUUCAAAUGGAACCGAGCUGUAGCAGUCUGGGACUGGUACAUGUUGGCGCUUUAGCUCGCCCAAGCCCAGAAGUGAACAGUGUGAUUCUGAUGAGAAACAAAGUGGAUUUAUCUCUGUUUUCUUUCCCUGCUCGUAUAACUUGUCUGUCACUGAUCGCUAUCACGGGGCAGCGCUCAGCCUGCGCCAAGAGAUGAUGUCAUUAAAUUGCCUCACCUCUUUCCCUUUUGUGUAAUCAACUGCUGUGUACUAUUCAGGUGUGACUGUGCUGUCCCAAAUACUAAUGUAUGUGUGAUUACACUUCUUGAGUGUAAGCUUUACAGAUCAUUCACUGUGUCUGGUUGUAAAGACUUUGUCCUGCAGCAACUGUAAACGUGCCUGGAGUAAUGCCACACAGGGUCGGCACUGUCCGACCACCUGCCAGGUGCAUUCAUAAGGCUAUAGUGAAGACUGGUGUGUUCCUAGUUUCCAUAGUGAAAAAAAGGGAUGAAAAAAAAAGUCAUCUGCUUCAUUUAUUUUUUUUUCUCUCUGUGGGGUAAUUUCAUUGUACGCAACAAAUGCUUAUCAUGCUGAAUCUGAAUGAAUAUAUGAUCACAGUACAUUUCUGAAAAUAAAUUAUUUUUCAAUGUUA